CCAAGGUAGCAAAAGGGGAGCAAGAGCUGUUUGUGCUACACCGGCUGUAGGGAGGCUGUGGGCGGAGCAACACCGGUCUGUCUGCCGGAGCCUUGCAGGCUGGGCCCUGUUCUUAGCUGUUCUUUGCUUUGGCGCCGCUGUUGCCAUGGCCACGCUCCGGCAGCCAGGCCUGGCUCCCGCGCUCUGGUUGUAGCUGGAGGGAGCCGGUCACCCCGCCAGCGAGCUUGGCCUGCGACAUGAACAGGUGUAAUGCGGUCUGGGGCCCAGGGACUCCCAGGACGACAACCCCCAAGGUCUCUGGAAUGCUGGAAGUGGUUGGACCAGAUGAUGGAUUUAUUCUAGAAGCCUGCUUGACAAUGUCAAGGCAGAACUGUUUAGAAAGGACAGGUGCCAUAAAGGACCAAAAGAAUGGACAAAAUGGCAGAUUACAUGUGUUUGGUCCAAAAGAAGAAGUGAUUAUUGAACCAAUUCAAACAAUGCCAUGUAUGUGUAGAAGAACAGGGGAAUAUUCUCAACAUGGAUGGGGAACUAAUCAGCAUGGAUUUGGACCAGAAUCUACAAACAAAGUUUAUACCCCAACAAAACAAAUCUCAUUAUGUGCAGCUAAAUCAACUUUUGAAAAAUGGGACGCUUCUGCAAAAACUAUAAAAAAGAAAAAUUCAUCUAGGAUUCAAGAGACUAAUUUAAGAUCACCCCAGUACAUACAAGAAACUACAGAUGAUAAAGAAAAAAAUUCCAGAAAUAUAGAAAAGCCAGCAAAUAAUGAACUCAGCACUGAAUUUCCGACAAAUAGUAUUGAGGACCAUAAUACUGAUGAGCAGCUGUCAGAAACUACAGAUGACGAUGAAAGCAGCAGUGAAAAUGAAGAUAGAAAAAUAAAUGCACCAAUAGAGUUGCUGGGAGAGUUCCUGAAAGCAAUUAUGGAUCAAGACUACAGUCUCUCAAAAAAACUUUGUCAGAUGAUUCUAAUCUAUGAACCAGAAAAUACUGAGGCCAAGCAGUUUCUUCCACUUCUUGAAGAAAAGUUGCUGAUAGAAAGUACACAGAAUUUUGAUGAUGAAGAGGGUGAAGAAACGGAUGAAGGAAGCAGUGAGGACAGUGAAGAGGAUACUAGCAGUUCAGAUAGCAGUGAUGAUGAAGGAGAAGAAAGUUCUGGUGAUUCUGAUGAAAACGUAUAGCAGUUUGGUAAUUCUUCUAUACUCCCUAUAGGUUGAUUAUUUUGAUUCUUCUGUACAGUCACUUUUUAAACACCAUAUUAAAAUUCACUGUUUAAUCAUUAUCACUUUUCUCCCUCUUAAACUGCUGCAUUCUUUUGCAUAUAGAUUGCCUCCCCACUCACACACAGCCCACCAUACCAGUGGUUCUCAACCAAGGGUACAUGUACCCCCGGGAGUACACAGAGGUCUUCCAGGGGGUACAUCAACUCAUCUAGAUACUUAACUAGUUUUACAACAGGCUACAUAAAAAGCACUAGCAAAGUCAGUACAAAGUAAAAUUUCAUAAAGACAAAAUGAGAGAGCAAGCAAUUUUGCAGUAAUAGUGUGCUGUGACACUUUUGUAUUUUUAUGUGAUUAUGUAAGCAAAUAGUUUUUUAAGUGAGGUGAAACUUGGGGGUAAGCAAGACAAAUCCGACUCCUGAAAGGGGUACAGUAGUCUGGAAAGGUUGAGAGCCACUUCACCAGCCUAGUCUUGUUCCAUAGCAUAUUUGAUGAUAUAGACAGAAUUGAUCUCCUUAGACGUAACUCCUAAAAAAUGUUCCUGUUGGAGCAAUCAGGUAGAUGAAAAGCUAGGCUGCUUGUCAUCAGUUGAGCAAAGACAUGAAUUUUUAUUGAGGAAUUUUGUGCUUUCAAAAUUCAUUGACAGCAGUUCAGCAGGGCAAUAAAAUCUUCCUAAAUGAUUGUGCAGAGCAAAUGAUUUCACACAAUGCUGGUAAGAUUCUGAAUUGGGGUAAAAAGCCUCUUUAAAUUUUAAAGAUAAAUAUACAGCUUCUUGGAAGAAAUCAAACAAACAGGUUUUCAAACAAAUAUUUUGUGUUACAAAAUGUUGUCAUUAAACCAUAUCUUUGGAAAUACCUGCUAAAAUUCUGUUCAUGCACCCUGUCUUCUCCCACCUCACUCCCCCACAAUUUAACUUAGAUAAUUACAGUAGCCCUGACAUAAGGGGGUACAACUUCAGUGGAAGUUUCUUGGCCAGAUUUGGAGACAAAACUUACAUUGCUGUUUAAGAUUUGUCAGGUAUAAAGUUAAUCAGAAAAUAUAUGUAAGUAAUAAAGAAGAGUAAAUUGUACCAAUUUGGCAUUCAGCGGGUGUGCAAAGUGAGGAUAACAAACACAUUCAGGUGGCAUGAAAUGCAGCAGAAAAAGCAGUAGACAGCAUGAUGUGAAAAAAUGCAUUCAAGACUUGGAUUGAACACUUAUGUUUUCUGUAGUCUAACCAUGAAAAACAUUCAUAUUUUUUAAUACAGCAUUCUUGUGUGCAGAAGACAUGUCACAGUAAACAUGUAACCAUCUUGUGUUUCAUGCACCAGUACACUUAAGUAUAGUGUUGCUUUUUCGCUCCUAACAUUUCAGGACCCCUUGUUAAUGUCAGUAGCUAUAUGACCCCAUGGUUCUUGUUGUAGCGCCUAAUUGUUACUUUUUCUUCAGUGUAACAAAUGUGUUGAUUAAUGAAGUUAUUAAAUGUAACAGAAUAAA